AUGCCAACAGUCAAGGGCAGGAAGAGGAAGACCAGGAAGGAAGUCACCGAAGGGGAUGGUGAAGGGGUUUGCGUUGAGUUGGAGAACGACGAAUUGACCAAUCAGAGCAGAGAAACGUCCACACCAGACUUUCUGGAUGCGGCACCACAAAAGAAGAAGAAAAAGAAGAGAAUGCCCACCAUUGACCAGGUGGAGCAUGUUGACACACCAAACGGGAAUCCCACCGAAACCGCAGUGGACGAAGAGGAAGCCGUGGUCGCAGUGAGCAGAAAAACCAAAAAGAAGAGGAAGGCUAAGUCCGCGGAACAUCACACCAACGACCCUGGCGCGGAAGAUGACGAUAUUGUGGCCAACGCCCCUUCGCCUGUCCCCCAACAGUCCUUGUUCUCCGCCCCCCAAGGCCAAAAUCAACCUGUCGGCAGAGUCUUUGCGGAAAGAAACAGACGCUUUCAGGCAGAGCGAGUGGAGCAUCUUCGCCAUUUGGACCAGACAGAUGACUACUUGGAGCCCAGACAGAUGAUAUGGACCACCAGAGACAUCGCCGUUAAAGUCCACAGCAGCUUCAGGGUUCUGGGCCUAUUCUGCCAUGGCUUCCUGUCGGGCUACGCCGUGUGGAACGUGAGUGUGGUGUAUGUGCUAGCUGGUGAGCACAUGUCCACACUGGCUAACCUCCUGCAGCAGUACCACUCGCUGGCCUACAGCGCACAGUCGCUGCUCUACUUGCUGCUAGCUAUCAGCACCGUGUCCGCCUUCGACCGAGUCAACUUGGCCAAGGCCUCCAUGGCGUUGAGAGGCUUCAUCACGUUGGAUCCCGCUGCGCUUGCCUCGUUCUUGUACUUCAUAGCGUUGAUCCUGUCCCUCAGUCAGCAGAUGACUAGCGAUCGCAUCCACCUGUAUCCCACCGCCAACGAGACUCUGUGGCCUCCUGGUUCUGAGGAGCAGAUCUUGCGGCCAUGGAUUGUGGUCAACCUGGUGGUGUCCCUGCUCGUGGGCCUGGCCUGGGCCGUCAUCUCCACACGGCCAAAUCUUGACUACACAGAAGAGUUCUUGAUGUCCAUGGAAGUUGAAAGCUAUCCCAGAGGCGACGAGAACAUGGAUAUUCCAGCCUGA